AUGCCAUUACGAAGGUCUCACAAAAAAUCCCACCAUGGUUGCACCCAGUGUAAACAGCGUCGAAUAAAAUGCGAUGAAGCUCGGCCUAGCUGUGGCUCGUGCCGAAAGAAACGAGUGGCGUGCACAUUCCUGAGCCAUGCCCCGGUACCUCUAAAUCCACUUCAACAGCAUUCAACCCAGUUGGAUGGCCCUAGAUCGGAGGUACAGUCCACGAUCCCCCUCCUGGAGCUGGAGCUGCUGCACCAUUGGCACACGGCAACAGCCGCAUCAUUAGCGCACAGCAACUCAAUCCAAGAGCUGUUUCGUAUUACCUUUCCGGAAGUGGCUCUAUCCUAUCCGUUCCUUAUGCACAGCCUGCUGGCUGUCUCAGCUCUACAUAUCAGACACAAAUGCUCGACUGAGCGCCGACGCAUAUACACAGAAGCAGCCAUUAAACAUAACGAUCUCUCCGUAUCACUAUGUACCCCGCUGCUAAGUAAUAUGACGUCCGAAAAUUGUCACGCUCUGUUCGCCUUUUCCUGUCUGGUGGCUGUUUUUGCCUAUGCUGCACAGGAUCCCACAGCCACUUGCCAUGCCCUGGAUAUAGGUGAUGUUGUGAAGGUUUUCAAACUGGUACGUGGGGCAGGCUCGAUAGUAGUACAGGCGCGACCUUGGAUUCAGCAAGGUGAAAUGCGGCCGUUACUUAGCCUGGGCCACAGGUUACGGCAACCCUCAGGCGCGAAAUAUGCCCAUGAACUUUACGCCAGAUUAGAAGAGCUCUUCCAACAACAUACGUACUCUGUGCUGCCUGCCUCUCCAACGAGUGCGCUACUCUCCGAGUCCUUUCAGCAUCUGCUUAGCGUGUUAAAACGGGGUGCCGCACAAGAAGACACAAGUCCUAUUAUGGCGUGGCCUGUGUUAGUGGACGCGAAAUACCUCGACUUGCUGCAGGAAGGGGAGCCGACAUCCUUUGUAAUUCUUGGGUACUAUGGAGCGGCACUGGAGCUGCUACGGGAUGAGUGGUGGUUAGAAGGUUGGGGUGAAUCCUUGAUGUGUCUGUCGCUCAAGACUUUGGGUGUCGCAAACGACUGGAAGAUGGUGCGGUGUUUAGAAUUGAUCCGAAAACAUAGAGCAUCAAGGAGUUUGAUUACAUGA